UCUACUACCUAAUACGUGUAUCAUGUACGCCAUUAUUUAGAUUCGACGAAUCAUUUAUAUAGUUUAAUUACUUUGCUUUGUAAUGUAAAUUAUCGUUGCAUGCUAGUUAGGGCGUGGUAUGGCUUUUUCACGAAUAAAGUUGGUACUUCAAUUGUCAAGACUCGCGUGAAAGCGAUAGGUAACAUGAAAAAUUUAUUAAACUGAUUUGUGCCCAUCAAUUGUUCAUCAAACACUUGUUCGACGUUCAGAUAUUAAACAUCUGAAUUAUUUUAUCGUUAUUGCGUGAUCGCAGGCAUACGAUUCAGCCCGAAAAUUCACCGUAAAGGAAUUUCUAAAGUUGCGAGAUAAGGGAUUUAUGACUCAGCCAUUCAGUUGUGUCACAGUAGAUGUACGAGGCGUAUUUGACGAUUCCGUGAGACGAAAAAUUGUUCAUUUUUUAAUAUAAAAAAAUAUCUGGAACGACAUUCGAGAAGAGAAUUAUUUUCGACCACUUACCAGAAAAAUGUCGAACGUGAGUAAUUUGGAACAACAAAUUGCUAGCUUGCAAAUCAAUCAUGGAGAUAACAUUAAGACUAUUAAGCCUGGUAAAAAAGUGGGACCAGCUGUUCCCCCAAAACCAAAAAUAUCACAGCCUCAGGUUCCGUCUGUGCCAUCAUACAGUACAGUACUUAACAAUUCUGGAACAAAUGAGAAAUCUUCAAAUUUGUACAUGAAUUCUCCAUCGUCGUAUGUGCCAUUAAAUAUAGAAAAAAAUGAAUUUUCACUGUCAACAUCUACAAAUGGAAAAGACAUUCCUAAAAGUUAUCAAAAUAAUGAGAACUUUUAUCCACACCAAAUAGAUGAGAAGUUUGAACCAAAAUACGGAUAUGAUGAAAAAAAUUACUAUUCAAAUAUUGGAAAUAUCCCUGCCCCUCAAGUACCGGUUGAAGAUCAUUCAAGAUCAACAAGAAACGUUGUAUAUAGUAAUAUAGAUUCUCCCAUUUCUAUGCCAGUUAAUAAAACUGGAGCCAAGACAGAAAAAGACAUAAUUUAUAGUAAUAUUCAGUGGAAUUCUAAACCAGAGAAUACGUAUUGUAAUCUACCUGUUGCUCAUAAUAACGAUGACUUACCACCACCACCAGAACCCUCAGAAUAUGUCCCUUGCGUACCGGGUAGCUCCUUCCCGCCACCACCAGAAGAGCUGCCACCUCCGCCAAGUCCUGUAUCAUCCAGCUAUAGUGAAUUAAGACGAGCCACUUACCAAACAGAUUUUCCAUCUGAUAAUUACCCGAAUGAUAUUUAUGGUCCAAGCUCACAAUCCAGUUCAACAUAUGAAUCCAUAUACGAACCAAUUAAUCCCAGACCGCCAUCGCAGCUGUCUUGUAAUUAUUCCAUGUACUCUGGUUAUGGAUCUGCUACGUCCACUCAGCCGCAAGGAAAAGUAUCUCCGGUUAAGGAAGUGGAUGUUUUGACCGAUUUAUUAGUUCAGGGGAUGGAGGAUAAUGCUGAAGACACCGACAUUUAUGGUAUCUGUGCGCAAUGCGGUCGCAAAGUUGAAGGGGAAGGUACCGGUUGCUCUGCGAUGGACAAGGUGUUUCACAUCGAAUGCUUUUGCUGUUGCGUCUGUAAAGUGAAUCUACAGGGUAAACCGUUUUAUUCAUUGGAAAGCAAACCGUCCAACUCCGAAGGCAAACCAUCUUACUCGUUGGAAAGCAAACCGUAUUGCGAAGAGGAUUAUUUGAAUACUUUAGAAAAAUGCUGCGUUUGUACGAGACCGAUACUCGACAGGAUACUAAGAGCCACUGGAAAACCUUAUCAUCCAUCCUGUUUCACGUGUGUAGUUUGCGGGCAAAGUUUGGAUGGUAUACCUUUUACGGUAGACGCCACCAAUCAAAUUCACUGUAUACAGUGUUUCCACAAGAAAUUUGCACCACGCUGUUGCGUUUGUAAAUUACCAAUUAUGCCAGAACCAGGACAGGAUGAAACUGUACGCGUCGUGGCGCUGGAUCGCAGUUUUCAUAUUCAGUGUUACAAAUGCGAGGACUGUGGGUUAGUUCUUUCUUCUGAUUCUGAAGGACGCGGAUGUUAUCCUCUGGAUGAUCACGUAUUGUGUAAAAGUUGUAACGCAACCCGCGUUCAAGCGCUAACAUCACACAUGACGACUGAACUAUAAAUCUUAUUAAAAAAAUGACUCGAGCCAUAUACUAUAUUGUUACGUUCGUAGCUGUCGUUUUACGAAUUUUUAACGUACAUGGACAAGUAUACUCUUAGAAAAGACGUUAACACUUUAUACAUAUUUUUUAAAGAAUUUUUUAGUCCAAGUUUUUUUCAUACUUGAAUACCCUUUUUUAAUUAUUUAAUACUACAAGAUAAACUACUCAAAAUAUUCGUAACAAUUCUACGGAAAUGUGUUAGAAAUACUUUAGAAAAAUGUAUGUUUAUAUGAACAGUGACUCAGGAGAAUAAGCAAAUUUCAAAGUAAAUUAUUAUUUCCUACACACUGCCAUGAUUAUAGUUCCCAAGAAUUUAUAUCUUUAUACUAUGAAUAAAUAAUUUUUAGACAAAUUUUCAAAUGCAGACACAGUUGUCAAGAUAAAAAAUUACUUUCCCAAAAUAAGUAUCCUCGUCAGCUAUGACGAUCGAUGUGAUUUUAGGAAAAUUAUUGCAUGUAUAAUGAAUUCCAAUGUCUAAUGUUAAGAUAUUAAUCUAUGUGCAAUUUAUAUGCUCGUUUUUAUUAAUCAAAAAUAUGUAAAGUGUAUACUCCAAUAUACUGAACCUGUUAUGUAUUUAGAUUUCCGCUUUACGGUAAAACAUGUGAUACGAUAGAAUGAAUACAGUGUAUUAGUGCAAAUACCUUAGAUUAUAUUAUCUAUUUAGAAGAUUAAAAGACUAAAUAGUGAAUAGGAUUUAAUUGUAAAA